CAGAACGCACCCGUCAUUAGGUGUGUGACGUCAUGAGGUGGUCCGUGCCCCCCCCCGCGUUGCCCGGCCCCCGCCCCCCCCGCCCCGCCCCCCGCGCCUGCUGAGGUUUCCGGCUCCUGCUUCUCCUCCUCGAAACACAGGCACCAUGAUGGGUCUGGUGGUGGGCGGGGCCACGGCCCAGCGGUUCAUCGGCUCCGUGGUGGACAAACAACACUCCAAGUCCAUGGGGCCGCACCCGCCCGGCGUCUUGACGGACAACGCCACCAUCGGCACCUUCCCCGGCAAGCACGACGGCGAUGGCUCCCGGCUGGACAGUUACAUCAUCAUCCUUGCCAUCGUCAGCACCAUCUUCCCCCUCAUCUGCCUCAUCCUCAGUCUCGUCAUAGCGAGGUCUUUGCAUGUGUGUAGGCGCCUUUGGGUGAAGUACCGAGGCGAGCGAUGUGCGACCGUCGAGAGGGAGGACACGGCGCAGACUUCCCUCAAGAGUCGGGACGGAGGUUCGCGCAAGUCAUCCCGCGCCUCCCGGGUGACCAAAGACCCCAACAGCCGCGACCAGCUCAUCCCCCAGGACAGCAUGAUCACCUCACCCUCGGAGGGGCCGGUGGAGGAGGAGGGCGAGGACCACGUGGAGGAGAUCGUCGUCGGGGACGUGGAGGAUGAGAACAACGAGGUGGCGUCCAAGGUCUCCGUGUCGAUGAAGAAUCACAGCCUGGUGGUGGAGGUGGAGGGCGCCCCCAACAUGCAAGAGUCACCCAUCAUCACUGAGAACGGCAAGACACACCACUUGACGGAGGCCCAGGUGGAGCCCCGCGUGUCAACCAUCGCCGGGGACAUGCUCAAGACCCUUCAGCUCCCUGGCGCGGCGGGGGAGAUCGGCAUUAACUCCCUGCUUCAGAAAGGAGUAAUUACAGUGUACCUAAAGCGCAGCAAGAGCGAAAGGGUGCGCCCCAGGAACUCUGGCGAGGAGGCCAGCCACAGUGUGGUGGGUGAGACUGUGGAGCACAUAUCCCCGCGGCCACACCACCGCCGCCUGUCCAUGGGCCACCACCCCCGUGCCUCACACCACAGCACUCCACAGCGCCUCACCGUCGAACCAGAAAACGGCAACUUUGGUCUCUCCACCUCCGACGUCAGCCUUGACUCAAGUAGUUCUUGCAAUCCAAGUUACAAGUAUGGAAACCAGGUGUCUUAUGCGGGUGGGUACUACGGGUACCCCGUGAGUCAGGGGUACCCGGCAGCCGACCGACACAGCAGAAGGAUGCACCUGGUGGUGCCGCGGGGCAGCGGGGGAGGAGAGGACACCCUCGGCAUACAACGAGAGAAGGUCGACCGAAAGACGUCACUGCCGAACUCCCUCGACAACCAGCAGCAAGCCCCUGAGCCCAAGCCAAGCAGCCUGUCGCCGUCGCGGUCUGUGUCCCGCGGCGCCCUCAGCAAGCAAUACUCGCUGCCCGCCAGCGCCCGCAACACCCGCUACAUGCCCCGCCACCGCCACUCCUUCCGCCACGACCGCCCUCAGUACCAGCACCACGAGCACGCCUUUGACCACCCACACGUCCGCACCCACUCCGCCUCGCUGCAUGCCCCUCACGACCACCGCCCCCACGUCUCCCGCGAGCUCCACUCCCCGCGCCACGAGAGUCCCCACCGGCCACGAGAACUGCACUCCCCACGGCUGGAGAGUCCUCACUUGCCGCGGGAGUUGCACUCGCCGCGGGUGGAGACUCCCGUGGUGGCCUCGGUGGUAGUGGACGAGCCGCAGGAUCAGCCGACGUAGGGGCGAAGAGGUCCUAGG